CCAUCAAUUACUUGUGUUCCAAAAGUUAGCUACUCGUCGCAAAAUAACUUCGCCAUGUCUGCUGCUUCCGCUGCUUGUAUUUUCUGUAAGAUCGUGAAGGGCGAGCUCCCGUGCUUCAAGCUCUAUGAAAGCGAACGGGUCCUGGCCUUCCUCGACAUCAUGCCAUUGAGCAGGGGCCAUGCGCUCGUCAUCCCCAAGUUCCAUGGUGUCAAACUCACCGAUAUUCCCGAUGAAGAUCUUACUGAGCUUCUGCCCGUCGCCAAAAAGAUAGCAAUCGCCUCUGGCGCAGUCGAUUUCAAUAUCCUCCAGAAUAACGGGAGACCAGCCCAUCAGAUUGUGGAUCAUGUUCACGUUCACAUGAUUCCCAAGCCAAACGAAAAAGAGGGGCUCACGAUUGGCUGGCCCAACGCUGAGGCGGACAAGGAGGAGCUCAAGAAGCUGUGGGAAGAGCUGAAAUCGAAGAUGUAACUGAAAUUAUGUUAUACCAAAUCUCUCCGAUGUAGGGAAGAGAGGGAAGGGGAUUUGAAUCGGAAUUCGAUUACGGAGAUGAGCGGUGAGUGGGAAAUGUGAACAAUGGGAACCAUUGUAUUUUCCCCCUGGUUUACACUGCAUGUGUGUGUACGUGGGGAAAAAAGGGGCUUAUUCAAGGAACGGUGGGUGAAAGGCAGAUAUCAUGAUGAAAAACCAAGUGAAGCUAUUUUUCUCUCUUC